CUGUAUUCCGUAGCAGGAACGCGGGCGAUUCGAUUGUGCUCGUGAUCAAAAUUCACUGUCUCUCGCAGUCGCAAUAGUACAUCGGUUAGAGGUGGACGUGUUGCGCGUUUCAAUUUUCUGUUGGUUUAUGUCAGCAAAGCACGAUGGACGUUCUACCGAGUGGUAACUUAUUCCGCGAGUUGGAGUGCAUCACCGAUACGGGGUAUUUUGAAUGGAAACACUCAGUUGAAGAGUAUUGGCAACAGACAUGUUACGAAAUGGACCGAUUGCUUCGCGAGGAGCCGCGCCUCAAGUGUUAUGAUCCAAUCCCCGAGGAUGAUUGGAUGCUUGGUCUACGUGCAUCCCCCCCUUCUCCCUACACUUCGCCAAUCUCACCCCUGUCGCCCAUAUCACCUGCGCUGGUCACCAAUGCAAUUGUUAAGAGCGAACCGCCAAGCGAUUCAGACGAGCCUAAAGAUGAGCCUCCAAGUCCUGCACCAAUCCGCAAACAUUUGCCGCGUCAACCACCCAACCCCCAUGUGAGUGAUUCCCGUAGGCGCGUGCAUCGUUGUGAGUUCCCAGCUUGUGCCAAAGUGUACACAAAAAGCUCGCAUCUGAAGGCCCACAAAAGGACCCAUACUGGUGAGAAGCCUUACAAGUGCUCAUGGGAGGGAUGUGAAUGGCGUUUCGCGCGUUCUGACGAGCUGACCAGACACUACCGCAAACACACUGGCGCGAAACCCUUCAGAUGCAAUCACUGCGAUCGGUGUUUCUCGCGUUCUGACCACCUGGCACUUCACGCCAAGCGCCACGCUUAAAUCACCAAUCACCUAACACCCCACUCCUAACCUGCCAGCUAUCUUCGAAAUUUCAGUUCGCACGUAUUACUAUACGUAUUAUUUUUAUAUCCUUUAUGAUUUGUAAUUCAUUUAAUUCGCAAUCAGACGAUUGUUGUUAGGAGUGGAUAGGCGCAUCUGUUUGCUAGCCAAAGAAAAUUCUAUAUGACCCGAAUCCGAGUCAGCGAUCGUAGCAUCUAAUCCCUUAAAAUUAUAUAACAUAUAUUUAUAGUUUAUUUUAUAUUUAGUGAAGUCUUUAUCUCCCAAAUGUUUCGAACUCGUUGCGGUUUUUGUUGCAAUAUAAGAACAUUAUAUGUGCCGUUGUUUAAUGUUUAAAAGAUUAUUUGUGAGCUUGUACAGAGAGGUUUCUUUUUUUUUAUCCGCCUGUCGCAAAGCGAACAGGACAAAGCAUGUGCCAUCGUUAAGUAAUCGCGCAGGAAAUACGUGCCGUUUCAGUAAAUACUUUACAAAAUGAUAAUGACUUUUGGGGUUAUUUUACGGAAAUAUCAGAUGUAUUUCGGAACUAAUAGAUCCUUUCACUAUACUUAUACUAUGAUUUAAUUCAACCGUACCUAAAUUUAGGAAAGAAACAUCUAAAUUUUCUUUCUGGCAUUUAUUUAUUUGUAUAAAUGCUGAUUGCACCAAGCACACCUACGUGAUGAUUGUGGAAAAUCAUAAGCAUACAUAUAUCAGGGUUAGAAGAUUCCUAAAGACUAAAAAUUAAAGGUUUAAUUCACCUAUUACUACCGUUGUCGUAAAUAGGACAAGAACAAUGUAAAAUGAACGCCUUUUAAUAUUGUGAAUAAAUUUGUUUUCUUAAUGCAAUAGUUACAGUAAUUAAUUUCAAUGUGUGUUAUAUUUUUGAAAUAUAAACAUUAAAAUAUUUUUCAUAUCUAUGGUUUACUGUAGACGGUAUGAUUCCUGCGUGAUUUGGGUGUGCGUUGAUUGGCCCGUGACACCAAAAAAAAAAUAUUUGAAGAGUAUUUUUAUUGUAUUAAUUAAUGGUUUUAUCAAUCAAACAAUCCUCAAAGUAAAAGAAUAAAUUAUUGAUGAUUUAAGAUCGUCGCGGGCCUAUCAAUCACUUCAUUACGUAAACCAAACGUAAAUAUUUUGUAUAAUGUGACGUAAUAUAUUUUAUUAUGUUAUGUAAUCAUUAGGGAUGUUCGGCAAAGAAUCCCACCGACGCCCAUUACUCUUUUAGUGUAAGCUUUUAGUGUGUUAUCUGUUAUGACACUAACCUUUAACAUAAAUGGAUAAACGUUAAUACUAUAUAAGUGAAUUAAUUAUGAAAUUUCAUUUUUUUAAGUUAUUUAAGUGUAUUUACCGUUUACUCUGAUCAGAGAUAAGUAAGAGUUAACAACUUCUUGUAUAAGUAGUCGUAAGUUACUUCGGUUAGUUACUGCGAAGUUUUUCGAAAUUUUCACCUGUAACCACAGUUGAUGUCCCUGAGUUCUUUUUAUAUGAUAUUUCUUAUGCUCACGUGAAAUUUCUUGUUUUAAUGAGUUAAUUUAAAUAUUUCAAUUGUGACAGACAUUUUUUUUUGCUAUUGUAGCUUUAUCAACAUUUUAUUAAUGGUAAGUACGCCAACUCGUUGACAUUGGGUUAAAAUAAAAAUAUUGAGUAGGAAUUUUAGUGUAGAACUUCGACUGCAAGUUAUUCGGCGUCGAAACUUUAAAGUAUUCUACACGCCAAGAACUAUUUACUUCUACUAUGAGAUAUUGUCCAUUGUAUGUUCCUUUUGGAAGUUUAUGAAUUUUGUAUAGUGAACCAUGACUGUGAAACCUACUGCCGUAUGUUUACUAUACUUAAGUGAAACAUUCUAGAAUCACAAUUCGCAAAUUGUUCAUCUUACGAUAUAUAAUCCGGGGCCAAUAUAGUCUUCCCGAUUUAUAUUGGUUUUGCAACAAAAGUUUGUUGUCGGGAAUGCGAAGUAAUUACACGACGUUUCGAUUAAAUUAUUUUAUCAACUUUUGGAAUAAACGUAAGUAAUUUUUGAAACAGCUCUUCUCAGUGAGACUGGCAAGAUAUUUAGAAUAAUACUCGAAUGGAUACUGUUACAAACAUCGACCCUAUUAUCCAUAGAGAUAUCCGAGAAUAAAAGACUUGUAUAUGAAAUACCACAUUAGGAUAUCAGAUCUUAAGUAGACCCCAACGCCCAUCUUACGCGCUAUAUGCCCUGCUCACUGCAACUUAAGUAUUUCAAUCAUCCGACCUAUAUCAAUGAUAUAUAUUUAUAGAUAUUUGGUUCUACCACGGAUCUCCCCUUUCUGAUUCGAUCGCAGGGAACUCUGAGCGACCUCUCCAUUGCUAUCUGAUCGACCACGAGUAACUAUCAUGUCUGCGUUCCGUAUGUCAUCACUGGCAACACACACUGGUUAAAUUAAAAACCUUCGACUUGAGAGACUGGUAUAAGGGACGACAAAAUUUUACGUAGCUUCCUACCACGGUUUCGACUAGUAUCUACCUCUUUUACGAACCUGCCAAACUGAAUUAUUUGUCCAAGGCAGAAGUACUCGUCGAUAAUUUCGAGGGUAUAGAUCCCAACUGUUACGGGAGCAGGUUCGACAUUAACAUUUGACAUGAUCAUUUUGAGACCUACCCGUGGGAAGCUGUAUUGAGGCCAUCGUGCAUAUGGCCUAAGUCUUCCAUGGUAUCAGACUGAGAUAAUUUAUACGUUUAGAUAGACUGUGACAGCUGUUAUGUCGAAAAUAAUAGCGGCAAAUAGUUAACCUCUAGUUUCAGCAACGUACGCACACUAAAACAAAGUGUCAAGCACAUUAAAGCAAUUAACCUGUCCUGCUCUAUCUUAUAUAUAUAAAUUAUCUAAGGUCUCAGCCAUAAUAACGAUAUCGUAAUCGGCCCCCUCUUAUAUAAAAACAAAUUACUUGACAUGUUAAUAUUAUAUUGUGUAUUAAUGUACUCCGCGCCUGCUUACCUCAAAUUCUUGCACUUUGAAUAUAGAGAUAUUAAGGAGUCUACUCUCUUAUUAACGGUAUAUGAAAUUUAAAAAACGUUGUGGAGGAUACUAGUAUUAUUCAAAAGGUAUUAUAUAAAUUCUGUGGCAUUUUAUUGAAACAGGAAGGUAUACUAGCGUACGGAAAUAUCUAAUGGUAGUGGUCAUGGUCUACUAAAAAACAAUAAGAAUUAAUGCCGAGAUGUUUUCUUUCGAGAUAAGAGAUGGCGCUUUAUUAAAAGGACAAGUUAGAACGCAUUGCUUUAAAUAACACAUUUUUUCUUUAUAAUUGUUAGGUAUUACACUUAUAUUUAUGGAUAUGUUUCAUUUUUCACGGGGGUAUCACACAUUUUAUAUAAAAUAGUUUAAUAUAAGUAAUUAUAACUGCAUUAUAUUGGUGAAUCUUAGAAAUUAUUAAAAUUGGCCCAUGUUAAUGUACCAACAGGGCUACAUUUUAAAUUGGACUUAAUUUUUACCCACGGCUGGAAUUUUCACAAAGCAACAAAUUUUGAAAUUAGUAUUUAUUUUAAUUAAUAAAACAAGUAAGUAUUUUAUUUUAUAAAUCUUCAUCAUUUCGGACGAUGUAAAGAUUUUUUUAAAUAAUCUCUAUUAUAUCUUAAUUGUAACUACUUUAUAUUUUACCGUGUUUAUUAUUGUAAGUAUAUUCUAGUUUUAAGAGUAAGCGCAACACUAUGUUAUUAUAAGUAAUUUAAAUUAUAACUUAAGAGUUUCCAAAUCACAGAGGUAAUUUAUAUUAUUAUCAAUUUUCUUUCACCAAAACGGUUUUAUUGUAUAUA